AUGGAAGCCAGUGAUGUGGUUAUAGGAAUGAUCUUCACAAUACAGACUUUUGUUGGAAUUCUGGGAAAUUUCUGUCUUCUCUACCAUUAUUUGUUCCUCUCUUACACUGGGCUCAGGCUAAGGUCCACAGACAUGAUUCUUAAGCACUUGACUGUUGCCAACAUCUUAGCUCUUGGGUGCAAAGGAAUUCCCCAGACAAUGACAGCUUUUGGUCUGAAAGUUUUUCCCGAUGAUAUUGGAUGCAAACUACUUUUCUAUACCCACAGAGUGGGCAGAGGUGUGUCUAUUUGCAGCACCUGUUUCCUGAGUGUCUUCCAGGCCAUCACCAUCAGCCCCAGGGACUCCAUGUGGGCAGAAUUUAAGGUUAAAGCUUCCAAAAACAUUGGAUUCUUCAUAUUCUUGAGCUGGAUCCUGUCCCUCCUUAUAAGCAUCCUUCAUCUUAUGUUCAUGACUGCAAAAAGAAGCAAUUAUAACAGCACCAGCCUAAAAAGUUAUGGAUACUGUUCUUCUGUUCGUCAUGAUAAAUACCAUGACAUACUGUAUUCAGCAAUCCUGACAUUUCGUGAUGUCCUUUGUCUGGGGCUCAUGCUCUGUGCCAGUGGCUCCAUGGUUUUCAUCCUGUACAGACAUAAGCAGAAAAUGCAACAUGUUCAUAGGGCCAGCAUCUCCCCCAGAUCCUCCCCUGAGUCCAGAGCUACCAAAACCAUCCUUCUCCUGGUGAGCACCUUUGUCUAUUUUUAUAUGCUUUCUUGUAUCAUUAAUUUUUGUGUGAGUCUUAGUUAUAAUCCCAGCUGGUUCCUGAUAAAUGCAUCUGCAAUAAUCAAUGUCUUUUUCUCAACAGUGAGCCCUUUCCUGCUCAUGAGUGGUGACUCCACUAUGUCCUCCCACGUACCUACUAACAUACACUUUU